AGAGUGUCGACCUGGUCAGAUGUUAGCUGUUCUGGUCGGUUAUAGUGAGGCCAGGGUCCUUAUUGGUACCCCGAGCAAGACAGCAGCUGGUAAUCUUUGCACUCCUGAACAAGCUGGUGUCUUCUGACAGGUGGGGCUACAUAGAGCCUAGGGUGCAAUCGUUAAACCAUUAACGUUUGGAGUUGACUGCCUCACAAAGCGGGUUCCAGUUACUGCAAGACACAGCUUGAAGAAAGAACACAAGGAGAGUGCCAGAGAGCUCCUGUCUCCCGUCUCCCGUCUCCUGUCUCCUGUCAAAGGAUUUCCUUAACACUGCCAAGGCUGCAGGAGCUGAGCGGGAGGAGUGAGUGAGACGCUCCGCUCCGGGGAGCUGCUGUCUUGCCUGAGGAGGAACAAGGGAAAAUGAACAGAAAGCACUGAUUUCUUGUCCCACUGUUUGGAUUGUUAUUCCUGGUCUCUCGUUUACUGGACUAUACGAACUGAUCAUUAUCAACCUUCUCCUCUGUGGACUUCACCAGCGCUGAAUCCAUUGUUCCAAUCUUUCAAACAAACAACCAAGGGCUUGCUUGACUGGGUGAGGAGGACCGUCCCUGUCAGAUCCUCCUGGGUACAACUGGAAUCUCAAUCCCGACGCAUGCUGCUCUCAAGAUGGCUGCAGUGACACUGAAACAGUUAUCCAUCUCCUUCUGGAAUGUGUGUCUGCCAGCGAGGUCUGGAAAAGGAUGCAGUAGUCUUUGCCAAGAUCUGCAGACUAACUAUUACCAGGACCAGAGCCUGCCCUGAGUCUGCCAGCACUGAUAAAAUCAAUGGAUGUCCCAAAGGCAGAGAUGAGCCUCAUCACGAACAGUAUACAAGCGUAUAUGCACAUCGCUUCAAACCCAGAGAAGGCAGCCUUGUACUUCAUCACAGGGGUGUGCUUUGGUCUCAUCCUGACACUCUGCCUGCUCGUGAUACGAAUUUCCUGCCACGCGCGCACAGAAACCACUGGCCCCAUCAGCAAGAAAGAGGAAGACGACAGCGAGGAGGAAGACGAAGAGGAGGACGAAGAUGAGGAGGUGGGCAAUGGAUCGCCCACGGCAACGGACUUGGCCCUGGCCAACCACAACCAGCCUCACACAAGCUCCAACGUGAACGUCUUCACUUCUGCUGAGGAGCUGGAGCGAGCCCAGUUGUUGGAGGAGCGAGAACGCAUCAUCCGCGAGAUCUGGCGGAGUGGGCAGCCAGACAUCCUGGGCAGCGGUUGGCAUCAGUUCGAGAUGGAGAUGCUGCCCAACGGGGGUCAAAGAGAGCAUCGAACCUGGAGCCCAAACUCCCACGGGAAGUAUUAAUAAAUGAAGAGGAGAUAUACUGCAGAUACAAAACAAAAUAAUAUUUUUAUUUAGCUCUGGACAUAUGUAAAACACAUAACCAAAGGCGAGUAGUUAAGUAUUUGCACCAGAUAUAUGGAAUUGCCUGAAACAAAAAGCACGAGGAAGCACAAUGGAAGAAAAGCAUUUGCAAAGCAUUCAGAACAGGUUUGUGAGCCCACAGGGCUGUGCAGGGAACUGCUGUCAAAGCUGUUAAAGGCACUGCCAUUGGUGCUGUAUGUGGGCUGGACAGCUGAGGAUGAUUCCACAGGGAGAUAUAAGGAAGAAGCAAUGCAUUCUCACAGAAAGCCCAAGCCUGUUUUGGAUCCGUGACUUCAGAUGUUGACAAUCCAAUAGCUUUGGACACAAAAUGAGCCAAUUACCGAUCAGACCCUCCCAGAUUCAUUGGGUUUAUUUCUCACUAGGAAUAGCCAAUGAGUCAAGAGGAAACAUUCCUCGUCUUCCUUGAACUCGCUAAUCCCACCUAGACUGGGACCAAAUCAAUUGUCUUAAAACCAAUAUUUUUGUAUAUUCUAAAGCAAUAUUUUUGACAAGCUCUUAACAGCUUGGUGUUUUAGGCAGUGGAACUAAUGCAAUGAUAUGGAUCUGUUUCCAGAGAUUCAUUGUCUAGGUGCUUGAAUUCUUUAAGAAGUGCACUUGUGAACAACGGUACUGAUUUGGUAGCUUUACCCAUAAGUGGGACCAAUGUGUUAUAUGUUGCUUACUUGUAUAGUCCAAUAUCUUUCUGGGUGACAUUUCUAUAUGUGUGUUGCCACUAUAGUCAGUGCUUUCCAUGUGAUUGUGUAAGCUAGUGAGUUAAAUGUGACCUACUUGCAAAGAUGAGCAUGCCACAUGUAACUAUUAGAAGUGUCUUAUUAUUGGUCUCUUAGACCUGUAGUUCAAAAAUGCUUCACUUUUGUGGCUUAUUUUUUUGGUUGAUGGCCCGCCAGCUGAGUUGGAAAAUGAAUCCAAUGCGUCAAAUUUACAUACCUUGCUUUGUGCCCCUUUGAAAAAUGCCGUGUGAGAGAGAACAAUAGGGAGCAAGAGCCAAAAUCUCUUCCCCAGACUCAACUUAGUUAGCUGAUUUCAGUGCAACAGUUGGUCUCAGCGUUACUGAUGGGAAUACAAACUAAAGUUCUACUCAAGAUGCUGAGUACAAGCUGUUUCCAAAGGAUGGCUAACGACUCACUUUCACAUCAAAUCAACUCAGGAUAUUUGGGUAGGGGAUGGAAAACUCUCGCCCAUUGAGUGCACUUCAACUAAGGUCACUCUCCUUAAGAAAAACAGCUGAAAUAACAUUGAAACAUGCCUGUCUUACAAUAAUAUGACUACCUAGGAGACCUUAUUACAAUUGUUUUUUUUUGUAUGGGUAUCAUAGUCCAGUCUGGGUCAGCUCAAACCCACUCCAGAUUGUAAACCAUCUUGUCUGUGUGUUAGCUGUAAGGGAUAUGAAUGAUACAUUAAAUUUGCCCGUUACAUGUGCACCAACAGUGUGAUUUAUACAUAGGUAGUGUGAAGUGAUGAAAUUUUGUAGGAAGAAUGAGGAGAGACAAUGUAAACCGAAUCAUGAAAAAUUAAUGGAGAUGUAGAAAUCAUAAAAGUUUGAAUAGCAUUUUUAAAAGUCAUAAAAAGAGUUCCUUGAUUACUAGAAGUUUUUGCUAUAACAUUUUCCAAUCACUAGACAUGCUCCAUUGGAAGCAUCGAGUUCGAUUCUGUAGGGGAGCUUUAUUGAAGCAAUAACUGAGGGUUGGGAACUUUAGUCAUGUGGCCAGACUAAAGAAGCUGUGUUUGGAGCAAAGAGGGUUAACUGACAUGCUCAAAAUUACGAGGCGUUUGUUAGAGUAAAUAAGUACAAGCUGAUUUCAUGGCAAAAAGUCAGGUAACCAGAGGUCACAGACUUUAAGAUAAUUGCAUUGGGACCAGAGGUGAGAUGAGAUUUCUUUUAUAUAUGAUGUGGCUUGUGAGAUGAAAGACUUGGCCUGAGUGUUGGAAGGGUGGGGAGAUAGAUUCUAUGAUAUCUUUGUAAAGGGAAAUGGAUACGUACAUAAAGGGAAUUCUUUUCAGAGCUCUGGGAACAGGGAAAUUGGACUAAAUGCUGGCAGAUAAAUGGUGACCAAGUGGGCUUCUAACCCACCUCAUUCUAUGGGCUGGAUCUUGCUGGAUUGGUUUGUUGCCCAGAGUUGUGACCUCUGGUCCCUUCACAUCCACACUCACCUGGUCCAAAUCCAGAGCUUGAGUCCAGUGAUGGGGUCAGAUGGUGACGAGGCCUCAGGUGAUGUAUUUCAUGUGACCUGCCCACAGAAUGUCCUGACGGGCUUUGACAGAGGCAAAACUGUGGGUGGAGCUUUGCCAGUUGUCAAAAUUGUCAUGGAUUUUAAUACCUUUAAAUAUCUCUGACAUUUAGAGAUAUUUAAAAGACAUUAAAAUUGAACUGUGAUUUAAAAAAAACUAAAGUAGUUACAAAUAAUUUAAAAACAUUAAAUGAAGGUAAAAUUAUUUUAAAAAGGACCUUUUGCUUUGUGGCCUAAUCCACAGGCCUAGAACACUCAUCUCUCAGUCUUGACCUUGGUGCUGCAUCCUGUGUGAAGUCCUCCAGUGGUGAAUGGUAUCUAACCUGGACUACCCCUGUCAUGGAGUUGUCUAAUAGAACUUUUGCUCCCUUUUCAUAUCUCAUCUACAUGGGAAGAUAAGAAACAAGCAGGAAUCAGCCAUAAAACCCAACAAGCCCACAUUCAAUAAGGUUAUGGAUGAUCUGGUUUCUUAGUCCACUCUCCUGUCCAAUCUAUGAUAAAUGGAAAUUCUUUCAUUCACCAGCUCUAACAUCUCACCUUGGAGAACGAACACAAGGCUAGCAUCUCCAUCCCACUGCACAUUCUUCUCUUACACACAAAAACACGUUAGUUGGUAGACGAUAAUCAAAACCCUUUUGAGGAACAAGAAUAUAAACAUUGUCCCCUUGGUAACAUUACAACAUCCUUUCUUGAUAAUGAGCAUUGAUGAGGUACCCAAGUCACUAAUGGAAUGCUCCUCGUAAAAAGACAAGUCCUGACUGAACAACAACAGCACCAACAACCUGUAUUUAUAUAGCACCUGUAAUGUCCCAAGGGACAUUAUCUUUGUGAGUGUAAUGUCCCAAGGGACUUCACAAGAGUGGUCAUUAAGAAAGAUUUCAUUCAGUAGGGGUAGAAGGCUCACUUAGUGAAACACCUGAGUGUCCAGACAGGAGAUCUAGAUUGUCCCACCCUUUGUACCAAGGUAUUCAUAUUGGACUUCAACGUUGCCUCAGUUGCAUAAGGAUGGCAUAGGAUUGAGUCAUAGACUGACCAGAUGUUGAUCAGUUAACAAUACCUCUUUGAAUUAAGAUUUGUUUUCAUUAUGACUAAUAAGGUAUAAUAAUAGUCUGUUGCUGUAUCCUAGGUGUUAAACUUGUUAACAACCUAAAGACUUCAUUAGAAUGGGGGACAAAGGAUCUGCACAGAAGCGUGUCAGUAGGUUUAACCUUCCUCUUGCCCACCGUGAUUUCAACCUCGUGUUGCUCCAGCCAGGAAGGAGAAUGAUCUAUUAAUUUCCAGGUUGCAAGUUGAUAACUCUCAUUUCAAAUGUUGCCUUGGGUUAUAUUUUGUUUUGCUUAAUAAAAGAAUAGUUAAAUUAG